UCUCUAUGGUUAUUGAUAGCGACAUGGCGGUAACUCCGGCAGGGAUCGCUGUGGAUGUUCAGGCUCGAUUCGGGCACUCGGUGAAAGGACUGCUGACCGAGAAAGUGACCAACUGCGGUACGGAUAUAAUCGCCCUCACCAAACAGGUGCUCAAGGGCUCACGGAGCGCUGAGUUCCUAGGACAGGCUGCCAGAAAUAUGGUGAUGCAAGAGGGUGCCAUUCUGCACUCUGAAGAUAGUUUAAGAAAAAUGGCUAUUAUAACUACUCACCUACAGUAUCAGCAAGAAGCUAUUCAAAAAAACAAUUGUAUCCAAAUAUCCAUGUGCACUUGUUAAACUCUUCUACAGCGUUGAACAGUCUUCAAAUUUGCGUGAUCAACUGAGCCAUCUGCUGAAAUGAAGCGAGAAGUAUGUAAGAGGUUAAAGAACACCUAGAAAAGGAUGGAAGAAAACUCACAGUGGGGGUUUAUGGAAUACCUUUCCCUCUUCUACAGAUGCACUGUGAGAUUGACUGAGUCAAAAAUCAUCUCCCAGAUGUAAUGUCACAAAGUGUGUGCUUUGUUUUAUAAGACUCUCAUCUGGAAAUGUGGACAAUUUUUAAAUUAUAAAUGUUACCUUUGUAAAAGGCUAGGUACAUCCUUGUAUUAAAUUACAGUUUCCAUGUGUUGAUGCCUAUUUCUCUUUAGUAGGACUGAUUUCUUUAAGAACUCACUCUUUCUAAAUAAUCGAAUACAUCUUGUUUUGGUUUUGAGUACUUCAAGAGAUGAAUUUUUCCUCCUUUCAGUCUGUUUGAAAACUCAUAAAUUUAUAGUGUGGAUGCUUUUCAUAAUAUAGACCUCUGAUGAUAUAGAACAUAAAUAUCUGGUUGAAAUUCCUGCAUGUAUUAUUUACAUCUAUAAUAUUGGCUGGAUUCAUACUGGUCAUUAAUUUGGUUUUGGCAACCAUGCCCUUAUGGGUAAUUCAACAAGCUAGUUUAAACAGCCUAGUAUAAUGUGGAAACGUAGCUGUUCUCUUGAAUAGGAUAAUUUUUAGGGUAUGCUACCUCCAACUCAUCAGUAAAAUGUUUUCCACUAAUGUGGAAAAAGUUUUAUCCUGUUCUGUAUAGUACUGGUAGAGAAUUAAUCCAUACAAGGUUUCUGGCAGCCACUGCGUAUGUAACGUUUCUUGGUUUAGUAAUUCCAUCAUUGCUAAGCGGGGAGGGGAGGGGUAGUACUUAACAAAUGCACUUCCUAAAUAUUCUUUCUUUCUGUCCUGCAAAAUCUAUUCACUGACAUUCUGUAAACCUCAGAGUGCAUAUCUAACUUCAAGGAAAAUGCAUGUUUUCAAGGUCUGGAAUCUUUUUUUCUUCCAAUCUUAAAUUAAUGGGGCCACAGUCUGCUUGAGUAGAAAUCUGGGAACUUACUUAGAUUUGCUUUAAAUUCCUAAAUUAAGCAAGUUUCUUUUUUUUUUUAAAAAAAGUUUGCAUGCUUUGUUGUGCAACAGUGCUAACGGUUCCCAUUGAAACUGUAAUCCUGUAUGUAGUAAUAAAAAUAUAAACAUAAUGGGGCCUACUUUGAAGUAAACAUUCAUAGAAUUCUGUUGUUAUUUUCCCCUCUUUCUUGUUGCACUUUCUGUUGUGUGAGUAUGAACUGUGAUGAAACGAUUCUAGGGAAUGUAUAAUUUAGGUCUUGGUAUGUUCUUCCUUAAGGCGAUACACCUGCUGUCAUGUUUGUCCUUAAGCUACAUUCCUACAUACUCACUGCUGCUGUCAUUCUUCCUUAAUCCACCAUGGUGUCAUUACACAAUUCUCUUCCUAACUAGUAAUCUGUUCAAAUUUGUUGUUGGAGAGUCUUGGAAAUAUUGCAUGUUUACAAUAGUGAGGCAUUUUAAAGGCAACUAAAAGCAGAGCUACUGCUAUAAUAUGCAUUCAAAAUAUAUUCAUUAUGUCAACUCAUUCAUUAGUAAUGUUUUUCUUAAUUCCCUUUAUCCAAAAAAGUACUCAUGAUUUGUUUAUAAAACCACAAACUUUUUGUUUGUAUACAGAAACUACAUUACAUAACAUAUAAUAUAUACUUCCUGCUCUUUUUAAACAAGAGCAGCCGUAGUAGAAAAAUAAUGAUAAACAAUUUCCUCUACCUGUAUAAAUACAUAUUUUAUAAUACAUGUUGAGCAUGCUUCUGGUAUCAUUACUAAAUACUAUUUAAUAUAAUAAUACUGAUAAAAAAGGGAGAAUUUUAACUCUGUGUUUUUUUUCUCUUUUUUUGGUCUAUGAUUGUACAUUCUUAAAUAAAAACAAAAAGGGAGAAGUCAGGUUUGUGGGAUGAUUUAAAAUAAGUCAUGAAGAAAAACAGUUGCUAAUUGCUGAUUGGGGAAGGGAGCCUAGAAAAUCGUAUGAGAGGAACAGAAUAGGGUGUCACUGAUAGAGGGAUGGGUAGCUAUCUGGAAUAGGGAACACCAUAAUGUCACACAUCAUUGCAAGUUCUACCUGCUCUCGUCUAUUACUCUAGAAUUACUCUCUAUUACAUGGAUUAAAUAAAAAUGAAUGUUUUGAAAUUGCAUUCCCCAACUUGAUAAUAUUUGAUAUUGUUUAAUGUAAUAUUUAAUGUAGGUUUCUAACAUGAAGGAUUUUGUGAUUCCUGGCCUUCUUAAGGCUAAAUAAAUAAAGAACACUUUGUUUAGACCAAAUAAAUUAAAUAAAGAACACUUUCUCAGUUUUACUGUCUUUCUUGCUUGCUGCUAGUCACAAUAGAGAAAUUCAUUAGCCUGUCAAAAGAUAGUUGAUCUAAACUUUUACAAAUAUGUUAACAAAUAAUGGUCAACUGUAGAAUCAAUGUUAAAGCUUUU